CCGGAAGUGUGCUAUCUCUGCGUUCCUCGCUUCGUUCCUCCCACUCUAUAGUCGAAAUCAAUAUACCGUGGCGAACUCUCGAAGCUCCAAGGACUCUGUUCUUCUUGAAGUUUUAUGAGUGAUAGGUAAUGAAUCAGAAGAUGAGAGUGGAUACCAUAGUCAUCUCCAUUCUAUUUGCUGCUCUAUGUAUAGCUUCAAUUGCUAGAUCAGCAUCUUCGCUUUCCAAAGACCCGUUUCUCGGAAUUUCUCCUGAAGAUGUGAAAUAUUACAAGUCCUCGUCAGAGAUAAAAUGCAAAGAUGGAUCCAGGAAAUUCAGCAAAGCUCAGCUCAAUGAUGACUUUUGCGAUUGCCCUGAUGGCACCGAUGAGCCAGGUACAUCAGCUUGCCCAAAUGGAAAAUUUUAUUGUCAGAAUGCUGGGCAUAUCCCCAAAGUCGUGUUUUCAUCUAGAGUAAAUGAUGGUAUUUGUGAUUGCUGUGACGGAAGUGAUGAAAAUGACGGUAAAGUGAAGUGCCAAAAUACUUGCUGGGAGGCUGGAAAAGUAGCUAGAGAUAAGUUAAAGAAAAAGAUUGCUACAUAUCAGGAGGGGGUUACUUUAAGGAAACGUGAAAUUGAAAAAGCAAAAGCAGCUAUUGCUAAAGAUGAGGCAGAACUAACAAAGUUGAAAAAUGAGGAGAAAGUACUGAAAGAUAUUGUUCAACAGCUCAGAGAAAAGAAAGAGCAAAUAGAGAAGGCAGAGGAAAAGGAACACCUGGAGAAAGAAAAAAAAGAAAAGGAAAGAAAAGAAGCUGAACAGGCUGUUGUGCACGAAAAAGGUGAAGACGAAGCCAAAAAGAAAGAUGAGAGUGAUGAAAAAUCUACAGAAAGUGUGCAUGAUGACAUAAUUGGUACUACUGAUGAUUCUUCUUCAAACCAGGAGCUAGCUGCUGAAGUUGGAAAUGAUGAUACUUCUGAAAAAGAUCAAUCUUCUGCUACUGCAGCAGACCAGCAUGCAGUGGACAAAAAGGAAAAGUCUCCACCAGAAGAUAAUGAAAACUCUGCUUUUGUACCUGAGGUUGUUCAUGAUGCAUGAGAAGAGCAGCCUCCCAAGGAAAGCGAGAAAAUGGAGGGGGGUGAUAUGGAUGAAAAUGCUGAGGGAUUGUCAAGGGAAGAAUUGGGGCGUCUGGUUGCUUCUCGAUGGACUGGAGAAAAAACUGAGCAGCAGGCUAAGAAAGCUGAUGGUACAGGGGAACAUAAUCAUGACGAUCAUGAAAAUCAUGAUGAGAUUCCUAAGGACUCGCAUGAUGAGAUUCCUAAGGACUCGCAUGAUGAGAUUCCUAAGGACUCGCAUGAUGAGGAAUAUUAUGGGUAUGCUUCAGAUACUGAUGAUGAGACUGGAAAA